AUGCCUAAAAAAAACAUUUUAAGAUCAAAAUCAACAACCACUUCAAGAAUAAUUAACAGCUAUAAUAAUAAUAUUGAAAAAAAAAAUUACACUUUUUGUUAUUAUGUGUCUGGCCACGGGUUUGGUCAUGCGACGAGAGUAGUUCAAGUAGCUUCAGAAAUAUUAUCUUUAUCUCGUAAACAUACCUUGUACAUAGUUUCAAAUGCGCCUCGUUUUAUUUUUCAAGGUGCAAUAGAUAAAGGAGCUUGUUAUAGACACGCAUUGAUAGACGCAGGGGUUCAACAACCUCGUGCAUACACUGUUGAUAGACAUCGAACAAUUGACGAUUUGGAAAUUUUUUUAGAAAACAGACCUGAAAUGAUAAAAAGAGAAGUUGAUUGGUUAAAAGAAGUUAAAGCUGAUAUUGUACUAUCUGACGCGCCUUUUUUGCCGUGCGCAGCAGCGUCAAUAGCCGGAAUACCAUCAGCAAUUGUUAGUAAUUUUACAUUUGAUGCAGUAUAUAGUGGAUUGUGUGAAGGUGAUGAAUUAGAUCUUAGGAUAAAAAAACUUGUUGAACAAGUUGUAGAAGAUUACAAAAAAUCAGAAUUAUUAAUAAGAUUACCAGGCUAUAUUCCCUUACCAUCAUUCGCCAGUACAAAGUUAUAUCCUGAAUCAAAAACAGAUGAAUUGAUAAGAAGUAAUGGAUAUCAUCACAAUGUUAAUUAUCACACCAAUAAUGACGGUGAUAAUAGAAGACAAGUUAUUGAUGUACCGUUGGUAGUGAGAAAAAGUAAAACGCCAAGAGAUGUUGUAUUGAAAAAUCUUGGAAUACCUGAAGAAAUAUUUAAAACACAUAAGGUUUUAAUGGUAUCGUUUGGAGGUCAAAAUUUAGUCGGUAUGGAAGAAUGGGGAAGUCCGUUGCCCGAUAAUUGGAUUGCAAUUGUUUGUGGUAGUUCAUUUGAUAAAUUACCAGAAAAUUUUUACAAUUGUCCAAAAGAUGCUUAUAUACCUGAUUUAACUAAUGCAGCUGAUGCAGUUAUUGGUAAAUUGGGUUAUGGUACUUGUUCAGAAUGUAUUGGGCAUUCAAAACCUUUUAUUUAUGUUCCAAGACCUCAAUUCAUAGAAGAAUUAGGUUUGCGCAAAUUGAUGGAAUUUCAAGGUUCUAGUUUAGAAAUGCCUAAAGAAAAAUUUGAAAGAGGAGAAUGGAAAACAUAUAUAUUGGAAGCUUAUAAUAUGUCUAAAAAUAUAAAUAAUAAUCAUAAUUCAAGAAUUAAAAAAUUAAAACAUAACGGAGUUUCAUGA